AGAAUUUUCAUAGCAAGAUAAAGUUGCAAAAUGGCUGCUGCCCAUUCCGGAGGUGUAGAGUGGGCCGCAAUUUUAAAGCCUUUUCUUUCUUCAUCAAGUGAAAAUAUCAGCAAAACCGAUGUGUUAAACUUGGUAAAAACCAUCAUACUAAAUGAGAACGAAAUCCUCGAACAUGAUGCAGCUCACAAGCAGUUUUUCGACAACUUCGUGGUCCUGGCCGCAGAAAACAUCACGAACCAGGUUACUUCGUUGUCGCAAACUCAACUUCCACAAUUUACGGAAGCUGCUUCAAUAUUGAUUCGUUACAUAAUUCUUCAUUUGGAUACAACGGCACCAUGCAAGCCCAGCAUACUCCUGAUGGCCUUAAAAGUCCUCUGCGAGGGCAAAAGGGCCACCGAAAACCAGCCCAACGCGACCAGUUCCGCCUCGUCUAUCAUUUCUGUUUCCGGGAUGAAGUACUUAAAGUAUCCAGAGAUACCGGGCAAUAAGCCGGGAUCAGUUGGAGCUGCUAGCAGUAGCACCAGCGGCGGAUCUGGUGCUAGUGCUGGUGACAAAGAAAGUCCCAAAGCGGAAAUGAAACGCUCCCGAUCGGAUCUGUCUACGGUCAUUUUACAACAGCUAACCACCCCGCUGUGCAGCUGGGCUGUAACUUUUGCUGCACUUAGUGAGGAACAAAUCGACUGCACCGAUCUGUUCGUGAAGCAAAAUUUACAAUGUAUGAUCGCCAUCAAUGCAGGUGAAUCAUUACUGCAAUGGUGCACGACUGCUCUAGGAACGCCUGCUAAAUAUCGUUUCAAGUACGAAGAGUCUACCAUGCUUGGCCGUCCUCUCUACCUACCAGUAACACAUACCGAAGCCAAUGCUAUUAAAAACAUUUUCAAUUUGAUGGAAUCGGAUAUAACCAACUUGCAAUUGGCGAUAUCGGUUCCACUGCUAGAACCGCUCACUCCUAAGAAGAUUACUCUCCUGUCGCAGUGUGCUAUGUCAGCGCUUUACUGUUGCGUGCUUACAUCCACCGCUGUGAGUGUCAUUACCAUGGCAUCGGCCGGAUCGCAAAAGACCGCAUCCUCUGGCCAACUACAGCAAGCACAAGGACAAACAGGAGCAACCCAAACGCAAAAGGAAAACGAAGAGGAGGAAGACUUCGCACGUGCUAUCGUUGAUAAAGGAUUGGAAAUUUUCACCAAAAUUGGAAACCUUCUGAAAACAUCGACACGCACUCACAUUUAUCAAAAUCUCAUAUGUAUGGGUGCGUGGUUGUUGAUAUCUGGAAUUCAGGGCACGAUGGGCGCAUCCGGAAAUGCCAGCGGAUUGCAGCAAAUGGUUCCUGUUUCAGCGAAAACAACGGAAGAAAGUUUGAAGGGACGCAGUCCGUUAAAAACCCUUGACGUGCCGCAGAUGGCAUCGGCUCAACCAUCGCCCGCUUUGCGAGUUAAUCUGUUCAAAGUCCAGCAAGGGUUCGGCGUUCUUAACGCUGCGAUUGCGCGACACAGUAUCAUGCUGAUGACGGAACUGAUCGAUGAUCUGAAGAUAGACUCCCGCACAGACGAAGAGGAAUACAGUAGCAUCGAAUCAGCUGGAUUUGAUAUUCUUGGCCAGUACACAUCAAUCCAGCGCGUAGUACGUGUGCUAAACAGUGCUACCCUGCAGCAGCUGCUCACAUUCCUUGCCACUGUUUCGUAUCGCAAAGCAUGCACGCUCCGUCGGAUCAACACCAAGAACACCAAUGACGGAGAACCGAUGAGCUACAGUGACUCGACCACCUACUUCAACGAUACGUUCUCCUGCUCAGAGGAAAGCGAACCGGAAGAGGAAGACAGCGACAGCUACCUCGGGCUUUGGUUUAAGGAAACACUCUCGCCAGACAUGAACGAGGAAAUGACCGAAUCCCAGGAGCAGGAAAAUAAGGAUGAGAAAGGCCGUCACGGUGCGAACCUUGUGCCAGCAAAAGAUGAGCCACACGAGUAUCUGAGCCUUGCAUCGUUAAUAUUCAACUUUUUCGAUGUUUCGCUUGGCGGAAAUCACGUAUACCUGAAUCGGUAUGUGAAGACAGGCCUAAGCGAACAGCAGAUGGUACUGCUGGCUAACAUUUUACGCGAUCUUGAUCGGGAUUCGGCACGCGGGGAAAUCGAUAUACCUGGGUGCAUGCAGUGGCAAAAUGCCAUGGUGAAAUUUUCCGGAGCUGUCGGACGCUACCUACACAAUCUAAUAUCAAACUCGCUGCUGAACGAAUCGCUCCAGUCUGCCCUUCUGCUACAUUUGGGCGUUUCGCCGUGGACGCAAGACUCAAACGUCUGGCCGCUACAGGUUUAUUCAAGAACACUGGCAGUUUUGGUGCAGAUUCUGCUUUUGAAACCGUCACAGGAAAAAGAAGCAGCAUGCCUGUCAGUAUGGCACCGACUCGUGAAUACGAUUGUGGAAGGCAUUUGCUCCACACAGACCAUCCCGAACGAGUCGGAGAUAGAGGACCUGAAUGUUGAACACGCCCAGCUGCUGCUGUUCCUGUUCCAUUCGCUCAAUCUGAUGCAAAAGAAAUCGAUACUGCUGCUCACGGCAGGUGGUGUAAUUCGAUGCUCGGAAGUUUGCCGCAGCGUCACGCCUGAUAAACCGUUGCGAGAUAAUCAGAUAAUGCUACUGUCGCGGCUACUGCUGUUCCUGGAGUAUCUGAUGAAGCACCUGUACAAUCCGCCGAAUGUUUUGUUGGAGCAGGUGCGCUGGAACUUAUUCAGCGUUUUUACGCUCGAUAGUGAACAGAAGCUGGCCGAUCUGGUAAACUAUAAAACGAAAAUGAUGUCAUUCUGCCGAAAGGAUAUAGAAGACAAGCAUCGUAAGCUGGCGAACGAAUUCAGUGUAGGCGGCGUUAAACCCAAGUUCUACUCGUUGACUACAGUCGAAUCGAAAGUACAGCAAGAGUUCAAGCUCGAUGGCUUGGCCUGGAAUUUUAUUCUAUGUACCCCAGACAAACUGAAGUAUCCGUGGCUUAUAGAUGCGUUGAUUGAUAUUCUGGGCAUAACGGAUAUGUGCCUGGCCCGCAUUCCGUUUCAAACGCUGUGUGCUGUGCACUAUUGCUUCAGUCUUAGCUGGAAAUUGCUGCUCGGAUUGCCACCGUCCACACAACACGUCGAAGCGCUAAUGCAGGAAAAGAGCCCCAAUUUGCACUCCUUGUUGUGGUCGAUUCGCUGUCUACACCCCAUAACCCAUUCGCAUUAUCUGAUUGUAAACAGUCUCGUUAAACAAGGAAUGUACACCCAGUCAGCCGAGGCUAUGUGGAUUCGUUUAACAGAACACGUUUCGGAUGUGAAGUACAGUUUGAAAAUGACAUUGCUGGGGUUGGAAUCAUUUGCCAAGAAUUUCUCAUCCGACCAGCCAAGGCUGUCUAAGAUCAUUCUUCUUGACAGUCUGAUGUCCCAUCUGUUUGCCGUAUGCUGGGCAGAAAAGGAGGGUGUGAAUGUGAAGACGCCAAAAUCCACCGGUACUUCAGCUGCAUCCUCAACUUCUGGCAGUGUCGCGACCUCCAACACCGGGUCCGCGGCAGCAGUGACAAGCGAUGGUAAUGUCUCGGGUUCGAGCUCAACAAUUGUCUCGGCAGGUGGGAACAAUUCAGCUCCAGGCUCAAGCUCAGCUGUGUCCGACGGUUCACCCUGUUCCAUCUCGGCAGAGGUCUCACGUGCAGACCUGACGAAGAACAUUAUGCAUGCUUUGUUGGACGUUUUGGAAAUCGUGCGAGAGGCUACCUACAAAACUAUGUUUCAGAAUUUGAGUGGCCAGAUACCAUCUUGCUUGAUCGAACCGCUUAUUGCAAUUGCUGGUACGAAAAACUCAUUCUGCUCGGAGCUUGCUCAGCAGCUGGUUAAUUGUAUCACUGGUCACGAUAAAGAUGUAAUAACCGUCGAGUGGCGCAAGAGUUUGGGCACACUGACGGAAGAAAACUUUGUCAGCGGAUCAUUUCCGGUCGAGACGCACACUUUGACAGUCAUCGAGGCGCAUCUAACGGAGGUAUCAAAACAUUUGUCGUACUCCAUACUGCUGUCGUUGAAGAACGCGCUCAAAUCGGCGAUUAACCUCAUAUACUACAUGCUACCGAAUUACGACGAUGUUAAGGUGGACGAACGCUUGAAGGAGAUACUAAUCCCGAUGGUUUUCGAUUUGCGUGCCGAAUACUUACACGCGCCAAUCAACAAAUGUUUGGAAUCGCUCUUGGGUGGAGAUAGCAACUGCGAAGCAUAUCAGCUAGCCGCAUUUUCAAAUAUUAUUCGCCACAGCUACCAAUUUUUAAUUGAAUAUACCGACCUCUGCGCUACGGGUCGCGCAACAAACAUCGAUGAAUCGGUACUUUGCAAUAUUCUCAAGUACUGGGAAUCGAUGUUGGAAAAAUCGAACGGACUCCGGGCGAUGCGCAACUUUUUCUACGAAUCAAAGUCUGGCAAUCUGGUGCAAAUAUUGCUAUCCUUCACCGGUACGAAUAUCUCCCAAGCGUACUCCACACGUGUGCUGCAAUUCUUCGAGAAGCUGUUUCAAGCGGCGGAAAAGCUCGAUGCACCAUUCGAUGAGGAAGAGCUGUGCGCAUGCAUUGCAGAGCUAGCCGUGACGGAUAGUGCGCGAUUGAAGAGUUGGCUGAGUCACAUUUUACUUGGUCCUGGAGGAAUUAGCCUGACUGCAAACGCAUCAAACAACUCGAGCAACGUGCCAACUCCGACAAACAUGGCAACGGUGUCGGCUAUUCCGAGCAUUACUGAUCAGCUAGCAGCAUCUGGAACGGCCGCCGGAGGAGCCGGAGAAGCUGGUUUAUCUGACAACAACACCACCGCAGCAAAUGUCCCAACUACAACUGAGGGUGAGCAACAGGACGCCAUGGAUAUCGACUAUGAAUGCAUGACCAAAGGAAGUGGAUGGCAGGCGGCAGCAACGAGCUGUGGAAAAGUGGCCAUUGAAGAUGCAUCGGGAGAGUCACUCGAGCGCAAUGGAAAACUGCUCCAGUCGCUGGUCAAGUACAUAGUUGCGGAAAACCGUAUCUCUUCGUCAGUAUCAGAAGCUCUAUUCCAAGCUUUGAUUCAGAUUGGCCACAAUCUUCUGUCGCCAUCCCAGGAGGCAAUCGAGUUUUCCGACCUUCUGCAGGUUAUGAUCACGCUUGCCGAUGCGGGCAAAGGUCGUGGGCAUGCUCUCCUAUUUGCAGCUGCCAUUGAUUGGUUAGAUGUGUGCCGGGCACAGGUGUUGGAAGCUGGAAAAAGUGGAUCGAGCGGUUGGAGGGCAGCUAUCCAACUAGAUAACGUGACUGCUAUUUUGAAGUACAUGAGCGAUCUUCUGCUUGGACUGGGCGCUAAAGGUAGCAAGUCAAUGAAUCCACCGUGGGACGAAGAGUCGCUGAUCGACGCAGACGAUAUUCUGGAAGAGCUCGGAGGUGAAGAAGAAGACAGUACGGUCGAGGACUCCGAUGAGGAUAGUCUCGGCAAUAAACUGUGCACCUUUUCCAUCACCCAGAAAGAUUUCAUGAACCAGCAUUGGUACUACUGUCACACGUGCAAAAUGGUGGACGGGGUCGGUGUGUGCUCAGUGUGCGCCAGAGUUUGCCACAAGAAUCAUGAUAUAAGCUAUGCAAAGUAUGGCAACUUCUUCUGCGAUUGCGGUGCGAAGGAGGACGGUUCGUGCCAGGCGCUAAGCAGACGAAGUAAUUCUGGCCAUGGAGAAGAGUCGAUUUUGGGCUCCACAUCGUCCGCUUCACUUUUAACCCGCUCCAACGAUGCCGAUAGUGUGUUGCUGGCCAGUAGCUUGCUGAGACGGCGUCUCCCUUCGAGUCCUGCACACGAAGGUUCCAGCACAAGCCGCACAUCCCAAGGAAAGCUUUCUGAAAAGGAGCAACAGUUGGCAAAGAUCAUUGAAACGUCGCGUGAAGCCUUGAACAACCCCAGCCAAUGGAAGACGGUGAUUCGGUGCAUUCUGGUCUUCUUCAACUCUCUAAUGCCAACAAUUAAAGAGCACUGCGCCAGGUACUCGCCCGUGGGAUGCUAUUGGCGUGCUAAGAGUGCCCUAGAACGACUACACCGUCCGGAAAAGUCGUAUGUAUUGAGUGACGAAAUCAUGAUUGCCACACUCGGGUCGCAGGAGGGUGCUUUUGAAAAUGUGCGGAUGAAUUACUCGGGCGAACAGGGUCAAACCAUCAAACAGCUACUCUCAACCUAUCUCGUCCGUCGGGUAGCAUUGUGCUGUUUAGCUUCUCCCCACGGAAAAAGGCAACAAUUAGCUAUAUCACACGAGAAAGGAAAAGUAACAAUAUUGCAGCUGUCAGCCCUUUUGAAGCAAGCAGAUGCGGCAAAGCGUAAGCUUACUCUCACACGACUUGCAUCGGCUCCAGUUCCUUGUACCGUGUUGUCGCUCGCAUCGAAUCCCGCCAAUGAAGAUUUCCUGGCCGUAUGUGGCUUAAAAGAGUGUCACAUACUUACUUUCACCAGCACGGGUACAGCAAACGAUCACAUCGUGUUGACGCCGCAGCUUGACACGGGCAACUUUAUAAAGCGGGCCAUCUGGUUGCCAUCGUCGCAGACAAAGAUAGCACUAGUGACGGCAGAUUUUGUAAAAAUCUAUGAUCUUGCCGAAGAUAGCUAUAGUCCACAGUACUAUUUUCUGGUGCCUAGCGGCAAGAUUCGCGAUUGUACGUUUGUGUACGACCAAGACGGUACGUACUACAUGCUGAUUAUGUCUUCACUUGGAUACAUCUACACACAGCCCCUCAGCGACGAAAGCCUGGCAAAGCAUGGUCCCUUCUACGUGACUAGUACGCUGGAACUCGACCAUCCGUUGAUAACAGACGACAAUGGGCAGAUACUGGCAGGAGGCGUCUCCAUCUACUAUUCGCACGUCUUGCAAUUGCUGUUCUUCAGCUAUGCCGCUGGUCGUAACUUUAUGGCUCCGCUAACAAAUGUCAACGAUGGCGUGAAGUGUGUAAUUAACCUGGUUUGCAAUCCAAGCUCCAAGUUGCUCUCCAAGUCGACGACCCAACCCCUUUGCCAGUGGACAGAAAUUCCAGGCCACCCGGGGUUAGUGUGCGCCAUGAUGCAGAGUCUUAACAAUCCUGUCAUCUUUAUGAUCAAACCAGAUGGGUAUAUGGCACAGGAAAUCAAGGCACAGAAUGCAAAGGCCAAAAUAAUGGAUAUGGUCGCUAUCCGCCACAGUGUCUCUGGGGUAGAGAAAACCACGCUAAUUUUGUUGUGUGAAGACGGCAGCUUGAGAAUUUAUGCUGCGCAUCCAGAAAACACUGGUUAUUGGCUUUCCCCAGAAGUCCAGCCCGUUGGACAGCAGCAGGCCUUUGGUUGGUAUGGACCGGGCGGAAGCAUGUAUGGCAAAUCUGCACGCAAAUCGAAAAAGCUGGGCAAACAAUCAGCCCAUGGAGCGGGAGGUGCGUCCUUAUCAGCUGGCGGAAAAGGUGCAACCGGAUCUGCUCCAAGCUUCCCGAUAGACUUCUUCGAGCAUUGCACACUGAUGAAUGAAGUAGAAUACGGAGGAAAUGAUUUACUGCAAAUCUACAAUACGCAACACUUGAAACAUCGCUUAAACUCAACAGGGUUGUACGUGACGUCUACUAAAGCAAACGGAUUUACGCUGGAAGUUUCUAAUAACGAUACGAAUAUGGUUAUAACAGGUGUUCGUAUACAGAUUGGCUCCCAGGACGUCACUAAAGCACCACAACGAGUGACCAUUCUUGGUCGAUCAGUAACAACGGUGGCUACGAGAGCUCGUUGGUUUGAUAUACCGCUAACAAGAGAAGAAAGUCUGCAAAGUGACAAGAAACUCAGCAUUCACUUCGGAGCUUCGGUAGAUGCUGAACAGAUAACGAUCCUGGACAGCAUUAAGAUAUACGGAAAAACUAAAGAUGUGUUUGGUUGGCCCGAAGAAACAGAGGAUGCUGCUGGAGGACAAAUGGCGAACGGUGCCUCUGGUAGCAAUGGACAGACGACGAUGUCAAAUGUAAAUGCUGGCAGCGAUGGAGCUGCUGCCGACGAAAAUGAUGCAGGUGGAAUGUACAUGACGUCGUUGGAUCGUAUGCUGUCCAGCAUGCUGCACGUGCUCGACAGUGGCGUAUCUCUGCUAGGUGGUCCAAAUUGCGACGACAAUUAUCGUCAAACAGCGAUCGAUGUGGCUACAAACUUGAUCCUCUACCCGACUGUGAACGUAGUCCAACAGGAUGCUCGCAACGUACUAAUGACGUGCCAUCCGAACAAAGCGGCGUAUAAUUCCUACAAAGAUAAAGAAAUUUUGAAUGACAUCUACCGGCAGCUGAAGCAAAUGUACGAAGCAACCGAGAGCGGAGACAUUGAUCCGGAGGCUUUCUAUCGAGCAGUUUUGAUGAUGCGAAGCAUCGCUAUUCAACGACCACAGGCUAUGGCAAAGAUCUGCGCGGAACAGCAGAUGGACAUUCUAGCGCUGAUGAUGAUUCUAAUGAAAGAGCUGUACCGUAUAACUCCAGCGUAUGAAGAACCGAUCGCGAUCGUAAAACGCGGACUGUGUCAUACGGAAGCAGUCAUCUACUCUCUGGUGGAAAUCAUUUAUGCUUUCGCCUUGGCUGACGGUGAGCAGGUCGAGAAAAUGGCCAAACUCUUUGUUCGUUUGCUGCUCGACCCAGCACCGAUCAUAAGUCAUAGUGCGAAAAUAGCAAUGAUUCGUUUAUUGCGACCGAAGCUCAAGCGUCGAAAGGUGGUCCUUAUUGAAAGCCCUCCUGUUUGUUCCACACCUACACCCUCGGGAUCGGGAGGAGCAGCAGCUGCUACUGCAGGACCGUCAUCAUCAACGAUAUCAGCUGGAGGAUCAUCAACAUCAGGAGCUGGUCCGUCGACUUCCGCGGGAAGUGUAGUGGCGGCGAAUGAAGAUUUUGCUGCCGUUGCAGCGGCUGCAGCAGCAGCCGCGUCCGGUGGAAUGCAGGAAGUGGAUGCAAUCGAAUCCCUGGGGUUGGAACCAAGUGCAGGCAACCAGGCUAUUGCUUCACUGGAAGCCCUACUGGGCGUUGGUUUUCCACAUUUGCUAGAGACACCUGAUGCGGACGACACUAUAAUGGAGAUAGCGAUCGCGCUUAGCCUCCAGGAUAAUGAGGCCGAUCUACAGCUUUUGCAGCAGAGUAUUGCCAAUUAUCAGGGAAGAAAUAGAAAUUCAGCUGCGCAAAGCUUGGCCGCAGCAAUUGCCGGUGGCUCUUCAUUCAACGUGGAAUCUAACGCGUCUGGAGGCGGAUCGGACGAUGAUGAAAUUUCCAACGUUGCCACAGAAGGGUCUACGCUGCGAACGUCUCCUGCCGGUGAACAUGCUGGCAGUGGAAGCGGUGGAUCCGAGAGUGGUUGCAGUGGCGUAGAGAGUAUCGGUGGAACUUCCGGGCGCAGCUCAACAUACGAAGAGCAGCCGAAUCCAUCGCCACCGCGCACUUCUGUGGUCGAUCAAAUGCCGUCACAAUCGGCAGGGGCAGCCACAACUUCAGCACAGGCUCCUGCUGCGGAAGCCGAGUCGUCCGACGCAAGCGGGGAAACUGCCAACAAAUUACAUGGUUUGCGAUGCUCCAUUCUGAAUCAGUUGGUGGAAAACUUUUCCGCCCUGGACACCGUGAGUGGUGCGCAGUGUAUCCCGUUCAUGCAGGUGAUUCUUAUGCUUACGUCCGAUCUGGAUGGCACUCAGGAAGCAGACCAACAAGCUUUGAGCCUAUUGUUACAAGCGUUGAUCGAUCGGCUGGAAAUUCCAUCUACGAAAAUGUACGAAAUGGCCAACCGAAACCCCAAAACGGAGGUGCAACUUGUGGUACUACGUUUAAUCGGCGUUUUGAUGGGAAAAGUGAAGUCCAAAUCAUCAUCAUCGUCAUCUUCCGCCGGCACUUCAGGGGCGGCUAAUGCCUCGAGCGGUGAUAGAUCGAGUGUCAGUCAAGCCGUGUUGGAUAACGCAACGUUUUUGGCGCAAACUACAGCCAAUGCGCUUAUGAAGAACAAUGCCAUUCCGUAUUGUCUCAUGAUAAUGGAAUCCUUUUUGCCGCAUUGGAAAAACGCCAGCGCUUCUUCAAUCGAUGAAUUGGCUUCACCUGCAAUAGGAGCGUCUAACGCCAAUGCGUCGGCGAAUGCAGCCUCUUCCAGCAGUGGUACAGCAAACGUGGCUUCGAAUAAUACGGGACCGGUCAUAACAGCACCAGGAGGAGCCCCGUCGAACGUGCUGCUUAAACCAACCAUGUAUGGAGUGUUUCCAGAUAUGCAGCCGUUCUUCGCCAGACCCUUCCCCAAAGGAUCAAACGAUGUAUUUGAGAUGUACUCACAGGUGCUAACGGAGAUGGCGGUUAGGUUACCUUACCAAAUUUUGAAAUUAUCUUCGGGACAUCCAUCAUCCCAGGAAUGGAACCAUUCACUGUGCGAGUACAUGACUUCCACGCUGUGUGAAUAUAUGAUGUACAUGCAGUCGCCGGUUCUGCGACGCCAGGUUCGAAAGCUGUUAUUGUAUAUUUGCGGCAGUAAAGAAAAGUAUCGCCAGUUGCGUGAUCUACAUUCGUUGGACACACAUAUGAAAGCGGUAAAAAAAUGCUGUGAAGCUGGCUAUUCCCAGGCAUCAUCAUCGCCAUCGCUCACAAGUAGUCAUACGACCAUCCUCAGCUACGAUGCGUUGGUUGAGCUGACGGAACAUUUCCGCGCAUGUCAAGAAAUAGCAUCAAUCCGCACCGGAAACUGGCAAAAGUUUUGUGGUCGCAAUUCGGACAUACUUUCUUCGCUAUUGAACAUCAGCACGUAUCAACUGGAAGAAGGCGUAUCAACGAUCAUACUGCAACUCCUUCAAUCCGCCAUCUGCAACACGUCAUCGCAGGGACAACAGACUAAACCAUCGUCUUCCGGUGUUACAGUGGAUCAGCAAAUGAAAGUGUCGGUCGUUGUAAAGGAUCGAAAGGAUCGCGACAAAUCGGAAGAAUCUGACACGAUGGCUGCACCGUCAGAGUCAAAGUUCGAUGCCGCUCAGUGUGUUGCCCUAGUGGCACAAAUCUUCAACCAGGUCAGUCCGGCCAGUUUGAGCAAAUUCAUCCGCAGCUUCCUGCUCGAAACCAACUCGACAUCGAUCCGCUGGCAAGCGCAUAGUCUUGUGUACGCAUUUUACGAAAACAGCAGCGAUCUACACAAAGAAACUCUGCUCCAGUGUCUGUGGAGUUUGUGGCCAUUGCUACCAGCGUACGGUAAACGCACUGCACAGUUUGUUGAUCUGCUCGGCUAUCUGACGCUUAAUACACGCUCGCUGAUAGAUAAGCUGCCGGACUACACUGCUCAGGCUGUUUCAGUCCUACGACAGCAGAAUGAGCUGCUAUCAAAACACCCAAAUGCACCGAUCUACACAGCGCUGGGUCAAGUGUUGGAACUCGAAGGAUUCUAUCUGGAAUCGGAACCGUGUCUUGUUUGCAACAAUCCAGAAGUACCGUUUUCGAACAUAAAACUGUCAACCAUAAAAGUGGAUUCAAAGUUUACGACCACUACAACGAUCGUUAAGCUCGUGCAAAGCCAUACGAUAUCAAAAAUUGUACUACGCAUUGCCGAUCUGAAGCGGGCCAAAAUGGUGCGUACGAUUAACAUCUACUAUAACAACCGAACGGUACAGGCGGUGGUGGAGCUGAAGAAUCGCCCGCUGAUGUGGCACAAGGCGCGUAAGGUGACCCUGCAGUCGGGCCAAACAGAUGUCAAGAUCGACUUCUCCUUGCCGAUUACAGCCUGCAAUUUGAUGAUCGAAUACGCUGAUUUUUACGAAACUGUAAGUGGAUCAAGCGAAAGUCUGCAGUGUCCGCGAUGUAGCGCUGUAGUUCCUGCAAAUCCUGGAGUGUGUGGCAACUGCGGCGAGAAUGUGUUCCAGUGUCACAAAUGCCGUGCAAUUAACUACGACGAAAAGGAUCCGUUCCUUUGCCAUUCAUGUGGAUUCUGCAAGUACGCUAAGUUCGACUACAGCAUCUAUGGCCGAGCGUGCUGUGCGGUGGACCCGAUCGAAUCGGCGGAAGAUCGAGCGAAAACCGUACAAACAAUUCAUACAUCGCUGGAAAAAGCAGACCGCUCGUAUAAAUCGCUACAGAACAACAAACAGAUUUUGGAGCUGCUAGUUCAAAAAGUGUCCGAACACAAGCUUGACCGUACGCUCGAUGAAACGCUCGUCGGUGCUUCGGUCAUUGGAGGAGCUGGAGGAACUUCGCAAGUUAACAAGGUCAUACAGCUGUUGGCGCAAAAGUAUUGCGUGGAAUCAAAAACUACUUUUGAGGAGCUCAGCAAGAUUAUCCAAAAGGUGCAGGCAUGCCGCAAAGAGCUAGUGGCAUACGACAGAAGCCAAAUGGAUGUUCCUCCUACGUGUGGACCGGGACCUAUGUCGACGAGCUUCGCCUCCAGUUCAGGCACGUCAUCCAGAACUACGGCAGUCACUUUGAACAAGUGUUACGGCUGUGCCCUUGCAUCGACCGAACAAUGUCUCACGUUGCUUCGAGCUAUGGCAUCCAACAUGGCCUGUAGAGUCGGCCUUUGCAGCCAAGGGUUGGUGCAAGAGCUUGCAAUAAACAAUUUACGCCGUGGAACACAUCAACUGCAGGACGAAGUUCGUCAUCUGUUGUGCUUGCUAACUCGUGACCUGCCCGAUGCUACCGGUUCGCUAUGUCAGCUUCUGCAGGACCGCGUAAAGAUGGCGCUGUCAGGAACUGUCCCAUUGGCAACGUUGGAUAGUGCUGUGCGGCACGAGAUGGCUCUACUGGAGGCAAUGACCAGCCAGGACGAUAGCUGCUGGGAAACAAAGCUUCGCACCGUUAUCGAACUAUUCCUGCAGGCAUCUCGUGAUGCCCGCGGUCCUGCUACUGCUGUCAUUCACCCCUGUUUGCGAAUUGUGCAGUCACUCAUCUGCCCACCGCCGGUACUAGCGAGCACGAUCUCCACUGGCAGCAAGCAACAUAGCAAAGAACCGACUGUAAGCUCGCUGCAAGAUUUGUGUACGGUACAACCAAUCGAAGGAAUUACCGUUAGCUAUGAAAAAUGGAUCGCGGGCGAUGCGAAUCAUUCGUUUGCUGCCUGGAAAGCAAGAAUGCCUCCUGCACCUGCGGCCAAUACCACCGGGGUUACCAGUCGUCGUACGGUAGGCGAAAAUGCACCACCACCCAUGGUUGCUGCUGCCGCUGCACCAUCGCAGCCUAUCGGGACUGGAUUCCGUUCAGCUUUGGAACAUCGACGAGCUACUGUACGCAAUGCGUAUCUGGUGGAAAAAUAUGCAAAACGAUGGCGACAGAGGGCCUUAGCUAAAGGGGUCACAUCGAUUCCGGUCGAACUGCAAGCUGCUUGGUUGCAACCUAUCCUGUUUAACACCAAUUCACGACUUGGACGUCAACUGGCCUGUGCACUCAUUACAUCCUUGAGCCGCACAAACGAACGAAAACGGGAGCUUCUGGAUCUUUUGACCAGUUUUCUGCGCUACGUCGGAGACAGUGGAGAGGCCAGCGCCGAGUUUUUGGCUCUCUAUCGUAUGCUAGCAGACGAAACACCCUGGCGACAGUACCUUGCAUUGAAAGGUGUUUUAUCAUUGCUUGUGCAACUGGUAACGGAAGAAAUUGAGAAGAUUCACUGUCUGGAAGAAACUACACUCUCGACCGAUCUGGCUCAGGGUUACGCGCUACGACAGCUGGUGGAACUGAUGGCGCUUUUCUUGGAAAAUCCACAGAUCCGAAAAGCAUACAAGGGCAAAUUGCUAGGACCAGUGCUCCAGGGUUAUCUUGACCUCCGCAAGCUGAUCGUACAGCGCACGCGCCUGAUCGAUGAUGCACAAGAGAAGCUUCUCGAAAUGCUAGAAGAAAUGACGACUGGCACGGAAGAGGAAACGGCUGCUUUUAUGGCGGUAUGCAUCGACACCGUGCGGCGCACUCCGACAUCGGACGUGAAAACACCAGUAUUCAUGUUCGAGCGACUGUGCUCUAUAAUACACCCAGAGGAAAACGACGUGGGCGAAUUUUUCCUCACUCUAGAGAAGGAUCCCCAGCAGGAGGACUACCUGCAAGGGCGUAUGCUGGGUAACCCCUAUCCUUCACACGAGGCCGGUCUUGGCCCUCUCAUGCGUGACGUUAAAAACAAGAUUUGCAUCGAUUGCGAGCUUGUCGCUUUACUGGACGAUGAUAACGGAAUGGAGCUAUUGGUGCACAACAAGAUCAUCAGUUUGGAUCUACCAGUUAAGGAGGUGUACAAGAAAAUAUGGCUCCAGGAAGGCGGCGAGAGAGACAGUAUGCGCAUUGUGUAUCGUAUGCGCGGCCUGCUAGGUGACGCGACCGAGGAAUUCAUCGAAACACUCAACGCCAAGAGCCAAGAGGAGGUGGACAACGAACAGUUGUACCGUAUGGCAAACGUAUUAGCCGAUUGUGGAGGACUCAAGGUCAUGCUGGAACGCAUUGGAAGUUUGCAGAACGUGUCAAAGUCACGUACCCUGUUGCAGGUUCUGUUGAAAUUGUUCCUGCUAAGCGUGAAAGUGUCCCGUUGCCAGGAGGUACUCUGUCAGCCGGAACUGAGCGCAAUCAACACGCUCCUGAAGGUGUUACAGCUGUGCUUGCAAAGCAACGAAAGCGAUGCACAGCAGUCGGCCGUAACAGAGCAACUGCUAGAGAUUAUGGAAACGAUUCUGUCCAAGGCCGCUUCUGAUACGUUGGAUUCGUUCCUCCAGUUUUCGCUCACGUUCGGCGGACCGGAGUACGUACAGGCGCUACUAUCUUGCACGAACUGCUCGAAUGUCCGGUGCAAUCCAUCCGUACUGCGACAUCUAAUCCGCGUACUAGCCGCUCUAGUAUACGGAAAUGACAUCAAGAUGGCGCUUCUGUGCGAACAUUUCCGCUCGGUGCUGAACUUCGACAGAUUCGAUGCAGAGCGCAGUGCCGAGGAAGAGUUCAAGAUGGAGCUGUUCUGUGUUUUGACCACCGGUAUUGAGCACAAUUCUAUUGGAGGAACGCUGAAAGACUACAUCAUGAGUUUGGGCAUUGUAGAGAAAGCGCUCGGCUACAUCAAAUCCCAUGCACCGUGCGUGAAGCCAACGCUGCUGCGCACGGAUUCGGACGAACUGAAGGAAUUCAUUUCUCGCGCCUCGUUAAAAUAUAUACUGCGCUUCCUCACUGGCCUGGCCACGAAACACGAAGCGACCCAGCUGUCCGUUGCCCAGGACAUCAUCCCGAUCAUACAUCGGCUGGAGCAAGUGUCUAGUGACGAGCAUGUAGGAUCGCUGGCAGAAAACCUCCUGGAAGCGCUGUGCACUGAACCAGCGACGGCCAAACGCGUACAGGAAGUGCGCGAUUUUACACGCGCCGAAAAGAAGCGACUAGCAAUGGCGACCCGAGAGAAGCAGCUGGACGCGCUUGGAAUGCGUACAAACGAAAAGGGACAGGUAACGGCAAAGGGUUCAAUCCUGUCGCAGAUUGAGAAACUGCGCGAAGAGACGGGAUUGGCGUGCUUUAUUUGUCGCGAAGGAUACGCCUGCCAGCCAAACAAGGUACUGGGCAUCUACACCUUCUCCAAGCGCGCCAACGUGGAGGAGUUUGAGAUGAAGCAGAAGAAAACGACCGGCUACACCACGGUAACACACUUCAACGUUGUACACGUGGACUGUCACAUGAAUGCAAUCAGAUUAGCUCGAUCGCGCGAUGAAUGGGAAAGCGCCUCGCUGCAGAACGCCAACACCCGUUGCAACGGAUUGCUUCCACUGUGGGGCCCGGACGUAAGUGAGUCUUCGUUCUCAUCGUCGAUGGCACGCCACAACACCUACAUGCAGGAGUGCACGCAACGGUGUGAAAUCACGUUCGCUAGCUCGAUGCACGAUCUGAAGCUGCUGCUUUGGCGCUUUGCUCAAGAAAAGAGCUUCCACGAGGAUGCUGGCGGUGGUGGUCCACAGUCGAACAUGCAUUUGGUCGCUUAUCUGCUGUUUUAUGGACUGUACACGUUGCUCUCGUCUCGGUCAUACUCGCGCGAGGAGAUGAUCCUGACCAAUUUCAUCGGCCACAAACCCUCGGAACGCUGGUUGGAAUGUGCCUACGAAGCGGAGGGUCCCCUCUAUCUGCUCACCAUGUCACUAGCGUUGCACACACCCGACCUGUGGUCACGCCACAAGCUGGUACAUCUGCAGAGGUUGAUUGUGAUCGCUCAUGCCCGACACGUAAGCCCGAACUCCGUCUGCAAGUUCCUUGCGCCUGCCGAUAAGCAUCCAAAGGAUUACACGAUCUACAAACCGUAUCUGAUGUUCUGGGGGCUUGUCGAUUUGAUCUAUUGCAACUUUUUCCGUACUGUCACAACGCCGAAGGAUGAGGAUUGGCCGAUCUCGCUGUUCAACUACAUUCGCCGAAACGACGAGUCCCUUCUCAAGACGGCCGACACCACACUGCAAACAUUCACGGAGGAAUACUUACCGUGCGCUUCGUUUGGCGAAUUUUGUGACGUGGCAGGUCUGCUCGGAGAAAUAGAAAAUCCAGAUGCGUGGAUGGAGGACCUGUUGCAAGCGCUGCCAGCACCGGGUGGUGGUUCAUCUGCUGGAGGAUCAAGUGCAGCAGGUUCAAGCGGUGGAACCGGCCCGGCGGGAGCUGCAUCAGGAUCGAGCGGUGCAGAAUGAAGAUACUCGGCCGGAUCAUUAAAUGAGACGCGUUGCUGGCGGUUAGCUUAAUGGAUUUUGUCAUUGGCUCAUUUGGCGCCCCACUACGCACGUAUUUUAAUCGAGUGUGAAACGCUUUACAUUAUGCUGUAGCGCACAUAGUUGCAUGCGAACUUAUAAUAUUGGCCCAUCGUAAACUGAUGAAGAUUGGGACGGUAGCACAUAUGCAUAUUUAUCUUCAAUAUAAUCUUUAUCAAUGCUAUUCAUACAUAUAUAAAUUGUUUUGUCAUCAAAUGGUGUUAAUUGAAAUAAAUUAAAAGGUAUUCAUAAAUGCAA